CCGAUCCCGUCAGCAGAGCUGAACAGAGACUCGGAAGGCUCCCAGGGUGACUGCCUGCUCCUUUUCGAACCAGCCUCCUUGCAAAGCGGUCUCCUUUCCACCAGCGCUCCCAGCCAUGGCGAGAAACCACCAGGUGCAAAAAGCCAAGCUGGCCGAGCAGGCCGAGCGUUACGAGGACAUGGCUGAUUUCAUGAAGGCAGUGGUGGAGCACGGGGAUGAGCUCUCCAAUGAGGAGCGCAACCUCCUCUCUGUUGCCUAUAAGAACGUGGUGGGAUGCCAGAGGUCCGCCUGGAGGGUCAUCUCCAGCAUCGAGCACAAGACUGAAGAGGGUGAUGACAAAGCGCAGCUGGUGAACGAAUACCGGGAGAAGGUGGAGGGGGAGCUGAAGGACGUCUGCAACAUUGUCCUGGGGCUGCUGGACAAGUAUCUCAUUAAGAAAGCCAGCGACGCAGAGAGCAAAGUCUUCUACCUGAAGAUGAAGGGAGACUACUUCCGAUACCUGGCCGAGGUAGCCACCGGGGAUGAGCGCAAGGAGACCAUAGAAAAUGCUCAAAAAGCUUACCAGGAAGCAAUGGACAUCAGCAAGAAGGAGAUGCAGCCCACGAACCCCAUCCGCCUGGGGCUUGCCCUCAACUUCUCCGUCUUCCACUACGAGAUCGCCAACGCCCCAGAGCAGGCCAUCACGCUGGCCAAAACCACGUUUGAUGAAGCCAUGGGAGACCUGCACACGCUCAGUGAAGACUCGUACAAGGACAGCACCCUCAUCAUGCAGCUGCUCAGGGACAACCUUACGUUAUGGACGGCAGAGUGCGCGGGAGAAGACGGUGGAGAAGCCGGGGAAGAGCCUAAGAACUGAACUGCAGCCCACCAAGCAAUGGUCACUCUCCCUGUCCCUCCUCCUUUUUUGUAAGACACGUCUCGGCUCCCAGACGCUCUGCCUGGAUUCCAACAGCAAAGGGGACUGACUGGUCUGUGCGUAUGGUAUUCACACGUAUAUCUUGCCUUUUCUCAUGGCAGCUUUGAGACAAUUCCCCCUUCCCUGACCCUCCCCCCCUCCUUCCACAUUUCUUGUGAUCUUCCUGCUGGGGUGGUUACUGCUGUGGAAGGGCACUAAUAGCUUCACACAGACUUGGGUGUCCCACCCAUUAUCAGUAACACCAGGGGUUCCUGACCGCCCCCCAGCACUGGGGCCUGCGGGUGCCUCCUGGCACCUAACAUUUAAAAAGGGGAAGCUGAGUUUGGUUUUCGGGGUAAAGAUACCAAAACCUAGUCGAUCGCCGCUAGAGAGUGCGCUCUCCUUUGCUUUCUGUAGUGACUUAUUCUGCAGGGUUCCUCUACGACCUCCUGGGUAUUCCUUGAGUCAGUAGGAGGCUGGAGGUUUUGGGCCAUGGGGGGGUUCUUUGUAGUGGGUUAAGAAUGACAAACUUGAGGUGCCUCCUGUAUUUGUGUAUUGCCAAAGCCACUGCCUGCCUGUCCCUCUCCAAUAAAACUGCACUUACACUCCUGC